AGGAGCAGCGGUAGCUGUUGGUUGGUCGUUGGUCCGAAUGGCCCCGGCUUUAAUGCGGAAUUCUGCGGCAAGGAGCCCAAAAACAAAGACAGCAGCCAGCCGCGGCGGCAAGCAAAGCGCGCCCCUGCCCUGUCCAAGCCAAGCGCGGCUUCUUCGCCGCGCCCGCAACAUCCUGCCGUGUUUGACUAGCAAAGAAGCGAUGAGGCGCUCCGCUCGCCGGCCAGCAAAGGAGUAGGAGUAGUAGCAAAAGCUUCUCCUUCGGUGGGGGAUGCAGACCGCGGCGGCGGCGGCCGCGGCGGCGCUGCUGCUCCUCCUCCUGCCGUGGGUGCUUCUGCCGGCGCAUGCGGCAGCCGCGGGCAACGGGAGCUGCGCGCGGAGCUGCGGGGGCUUGACGGUGCGGUACCCGUUCGGCUUCUCCCCCGGCUGCGAGAUACAGCUCGUGUGCAACGACCAGGCCGCGAACGGCGCCGCGUGGCUCGGGGCGCGCGAGCUGGGCCUGCUCGUGAGCAACGUCACGGCGCGCGCCCUCGUCCUCACCCUGCCCCCGGACUGCUCCCGCCGGCUCGACGCCUCCGUCAAGGCGCUCUUCUCGGGCAACUACGCGCCCGGUCCCCAGAACACGCUCCUCGUGAGCUCGUGCAACCGCGCCGCGCGCCCCGGCAACUGCAGCGUCUCGCCCGCAACCUACCUCAACAGCUCGUCCCACUGCUUCCACGGCGCUAACGCCGAGAACUUCAGCUGCGUCUCGCCGCCGCUGCCGCCCAGAGGCAACCGUUUCUUCAACGAAACCAAGAUACGGGCGCUCGGCUCGGAAUGCACAGGACUGGUGUCGGCGGCGGCGAGCUACUGGGACGCGCCGGCGCCGGCGGUCCUGCUGGGCGUGAUGGAACUGGAGUGGUGGAUGGGCGGGCCGUGCAGAUGCGCGCCCAAUGCCAACUGCACCCCCAUCACCACGCCGGCCGCUGGGCAGGGGUUCCGGUGCGAGUGCCGGGAGGGGUUCGAGGGCGACGGCUUCGCCGCCGGCACCGGCUGCCGGAGAGUUUCAGCUCCCAAGUGUAAUCCUUCAAAAAACCUAGCAGAAGGCUGUGGCAGGACGAUCCAAAUCGCCCUUCUUGUGGCAGGAAUCGUGUUUGGUGCCCUUGUGACGGGCGUGACCUGCGUGGUGUACCAGCUGCUGAAGCGCCGGUCGGCGUCCAUCCGGACGAAGCGGAGCACGAAGCGGCUCCUGUCCGAGGCCUCCUGCGCCGUGCCCCUGUACUCGUACCGCGAGAUCGAGCGCGCCACCGACGGCUUCUCCGACGCCAAGCGCCUGGGCACGGGCGCCUACGGCACCGUGUACGCCGGGCGGCUCGGCGACAGCCGCCUCGUCGCCGUGAAGCGGAUCCGGCAGCGCGACAACGCCGGGCUCGAGCGCGUCAUGAACGAAGUGAAGCUGGUGUCGUGCGUGUGCCACUGCAACCUGGUCCGCCUCCUCGGCUGCUGCAUCGAGCAGGGGCAGCAGAUCCUGGUGUACGAGUUCAUGCCCAACGGCACGCUGGCGCAGCACCUGCAGCGGGAGCGCGGCCCCGCCGCGGUGCCGUGGACGGUGCGCCUCCGCAUCGCCGCCGAGACUGCCAAGGCCAUCGCGUACCUGCACUCGGAGGUGGACCCGCCCAUCUACCACCGCGACGUCAAGUCCAGCAACAUCCUGCUCGACUACGAGUACAACUCCAAGGUCGCCGACUUCGGGCUGUCGCGGCUGGGCAAGGCGCCUCUGGGGGACUCCUCCCACAUCUCCACGGCGCCGCAGGGCACGCCGGGGUACGUGGACCCGCAGUACCACCAGAACUUCCACCUCUCCGACCGGAGCGACGUCUACAGCUUCGGCGUCGUGCUCGUGGAGAUCAUCACUGCCAUGAAGGCCGUCGACCUCACCCGGCCGCCCAGCGAUGUGAACCUGGCGCAGCUCGCCGUGGACCGGAUCGGCAGGGGCCGCGUGGACGACAUCGUGGACCCGUGCCUGGACCCGCACCGGGACGCGUGGACGCUCUCCUCCAUCCACAAGGUGGCCGAGCUGGCGUUCCGGUGCCUGGCGUUCCACAGCGAGAUGAGGCCGUCCAUGGCCGAGGUCGCCGACGAGCUGGACCAGAUACAGCGCAGCGGGUGGGCGCCGUCGGCGGACGACGACGCCUACAUGUCCACGUCGUCGUCGAUCUGCUCGUCCGCGGCGUCGACGCGCGGCACGGACCGGUCGUCGUGGGGCGCCGGCAGGAGCCGGACGGACAGGGAGAGGGCCGCGCAAGAGGCGGCCAGGGGCGGCGUGGCGGAGUCUCCCGUGUCCGUGCAGGAGAGGUGGUUCAGCGACCGGAGCUCCCCUUCCUCCAACAGCUUGCUGGGCAGUCGCCCCCUGCACUGAACUGAACCACGACAUUGCUCGAUCUACUCCUCAAUGAGAUCGAAUCAGAGAUGCUGCAAUGUGAUGGAUGGCGGUCAGCAUGUGGGCGAGGAGUACCAAUACUCUGUUCCACUGGUGGCUGGUGCUGAUUUGUUGCGAAAGAAAAAUACUACUGGCUUCAACGUACCAAGUUGCAGGCGUUACUCUUCAGGACAGUAUCACUUCUCGGGUUCUGCUACAACAUCGUAUACUUGCACUACAUCUACAUGGUUCUUGCUCAAUUUGUGCUCAAGUUUUCAAGUUUUUCAAGUGGUCUCAGAAAGGUGGUUUUUCUGUCAAAUCCACUUAUGACAGCAGUGAUGAUAAUGGUGACUCCUUCUCUAGAAUCUGGAAAGCAAAGCUACCUUACAAGAUUAAGAUUUUCCUUUGGCUAAUCGAACAAGGGGCAAUUUUGACUAAAGAUAACACGGUGAGAAGAAGAUGGCCAGGGAACCCCUCUUGUUGCUUUUGUGACAAUAUGGAAUCCAUAAACCACUUGUUUUUCA